AGUACUUUUUAUUAGGCCUGGUGAUGAUGUCUACACCUGCAACAUGUAGCAGUGACCUUGGCAAAUGUGAAUCGGAUCUCCUUGAUUGGUUCCAUUGCUGGGAGAGCAACGUCAAAGAGGGUACCUGCACGGGAGAGCAGAAUAGCGCCUGGAUACCAAGCUCUAAGGUGUGCAAUGGACAGGAAGACUGUCCGAAUGGCGAGGAUGAGUCCAUUGUGUUGUGCAAACAGCAUCCGGAUCGAAUGUUUUCCUCGUAUUUCUACUGUGCCACCGGGGCAGUGAUUGAAUUAUCGAAAAAGUGUGAUGGAAAAGUCGACUGCUCGGACGGAUCGGAUGAGAUGUCAUCGAUGUGCCAACCUGAAAAGAAGAUAAAUCGUCGCGGAGAGUGUCAAAAUGAUCGGUAUUUUGACUGCCGAAAAAGAAAGUGUGUGCCUGCCGCCAGCCAAUGCGAUGGAUGGCACGACUGUGUAAAUGGAUUCGACGAAUCCCUGAAUGUCUGCUACCAACAGUGGCACAACGAGACGCAGUUCCAGUGCGGCAAUGGUCGGCUUAUACCAGUUGAAAAAGUGUGCAACGGCUAUUACGAUUGCAUCGAUGGUUCGGAUGAGCUGAAAUCUGUUUGCGAUACGAAAAAAAACCCAAACAAAUGCCUGGAGCCACCAGCACCACUCUCGUUCACACUAGCCACCAAAUAUCAUCAUGGUAUCAAUGGAACGAAAUAUGUUUUGCCCAACGAGGUUGUGCAGGUACAGUGCAUACCAUCGAAAAAAUUAAAAGACCCCCAAAACGGCUGGAAUGUCUGCAAUGUUUAUGGUAAAUGGCAGUUCCCUUGGCCAUGUUGUAAAAAUAUAAAAACUAAGAAUAAGAUUAAUUUAAGGCAUAUUUGGCAGUCAUUUUCUCAAACAAAAAACUGACAUUCAUCUACCCAUCAUCAUCAUCAUCCAGAUUAAAUCCUCU